AUGGCAAUCCAACCCAUCAAACUAUACGGCGGCACUCUGGGCCCAAAUCCUUACAAAGUCGCCAUCAUCUUCGACGUGCUCGAAAUCCCGCAUGAAUACGUGGAUAUCCCUUUUAACGAGAUCAAGGGGCCCGCUUAUGAAGCCAUCAACCCGAAUGGCCGCUUGCCCGCCAUCCACGACCCAAACACAGAUAUUACGCUGUGGGAAUCCGGCGCGAUCAUCGAGUAUCUCAUUGAGCGGUACGACACGUCCGAGCCCCGGAAACUCAGUUUCACGCCGCGCAGCGCAGAGGCAGAGCAUGCGCGGCAGUGGCUCUACCUACAGGCGACGGGCCAGGGUCCGUACUAUGGCCAGGCGUAUUGGUUCAUGAACUAUCACGCUGAGAAAGUGCCGAGCGCGGUGGAGCGCUACGUAAACGAGGCAAAGCGCGUGACGGGCGUGUUGGACAAGUGGCUGGCUAGGCAAAAGGAGGAGCACAAGAGCAGCAGCAGUCCUGGUGAUGAUGGGCCGUGGCUGGUCGGGAACAAAAUGUCGUACGCGGAUCUGGCCUUUAUUCCCUGGCAGCAAACCGCGCAUACGUUUUUUCAAGAACAUGGAUUCGAUACUGAACAGUUUCCGAAUGUGGUGGAUUGGUUCAACAGGAUGAGUGGUCACCCCAUUGUCAAGAAGGCGAUGGACAGGGCCGCGAAACUGCGGGCUGAGAGGGAGGCUGCGCAGAAGAAGUAA